AUGCAAAGAGGAUUGGGAGAAGAUGGACCCAAGCUGCGAGAGGAGAAGCAUUUUGAAGAUUUCUAUACAGACCUAGAGAAAGAGACUCUUCUUCCUAUCAUAUCGCCUGAACAAGAGGGGUCAUUACGAUUGCAUGAUGCCUAUAGUAGAGCGAAUGCUUCCGGAGCAAACAGCAGAAGUGUAAAGCAACUAAUUUGCAAUGGGAAAUCAACCUUUGAAACGAUCAAAUUGCAUCGUAAUCUGAACAAAUUUCAGAAAUGUCAGUUUUCAAUCUCUCAGUUGGAUGGAGGGAAACCAUUGCACACAGAGAGGAAGAGUAAAUCAGUUGAUGGAAAAAGAUUAUCAGGACUCAAUAAGCUGAGAAUUCCAUAUUUCACAAAGUUUACGGCUCGAUUAGAAAAUGGCAGUGAUCUUCAUAUACCGGGAAAUCUCGAGCACAUUUCAAAAAACUUGUCAAACCUCUCGUCUGAAUAUGACAUGGAUGAGCAAGAUGACUUGUAUGUCUGCUUUCUGAACAGCAGCUGCUGUGAUUCGAAAUUAAGUCACGAAGUCUUCGAGUUGCUGAUUACGGUGUUGGAAAGGGAAUGGAGUCAUCUUGAGAAACUAAUUCCGCCGAAAUCUAUUUUGGUUGACGACCCCGAGGAAGACCACCGGGCACAAACCACUCGACUUCAUUACCAGUUAUUUGGGGCUGAUGAUGGGACGGAACGUUCAACAGAUCAAACAUGUGCUGUGUGCGGUGGGGGUGAUAGUGAUAAUACCAAUGCAAUAGUUUUCUGCGAUGGGUGCGACAUUGCUGUCCACCAGGAAUGCUAUGGUAUAGUCUUUAUCCCGGAGGGCCAAUGGCUUUGCAGACGUUGCUUAGUCUCAAAGAAUCGCAAAGUGAGCUGUCUUUUUUGUCCAAGUCAUACUGGUGCAUUUAAACAAACGGACACUGGAUCAUGGGCACAUGUUAUAUGCGGUCUGUGGAUUCCAGAACUCUAUUUCGCCAAUCUACAUUAUAUGGAGCCCAUCGAAGGUACCGAAAACAUAAGCAAAUCAAGGUGGAAACUUCUCUGUAGUAUCUGCAAGCAACGUAUGGGUGCUUGUAUACAAUGUACUAACAAGAGCUGUUUCACUGCAUUUCACGUUACUUGUGCUAAGAGAGCUGGUCUCUAUAUGGACUUUGGUGGUGCUUCGAUUAAUGAGGUGGCUUCUAAUCAACUUCACCUUUCAAGCCUAUUAAGUUGUUUUUGUGAUAGACAUUCUCCCGCUGACUGGCCCAAUCCAAAAGAGAGCAUCUUGAAGGUACGACGCUAUUUUAUCGAGUACAAUGACAAUGACAUGGCAGGAAAUUUCAACAUGAACCAACAACCAUCAAAAGCCACUGUUCCGAAAGAUAAAUGGAAAACCAAUCGAGGAACACCGAUUGCCCCACAUUUGUUCGCCGACAUUUUACGUGAGGUCAUCAAGCUAUUUGAUAUACCGAACUCUCAGCAAGUAUCAUACUACAUUUGUCGAUACUGGUCCAUGAAAAAGGAGUUGAAGAGAGGAGCCCCACUGGUGCGGAAAUACGAGUCUAAUUCAUCUAGUCUACUUGACGAAAGCCAACUGCAGGAGAGGGUCGAGGUGACAGAUAUUUUACUGAAUGAUCUUCGCCGUCUCAAAGAGCUAAGUAAUCUAACGAUAAGGCGAACAGCAGUUUUGAACAGACUGAGGGAAACGAACGAUAAGAUCAAGCCAUUGACUGAGUCUCCUGAAAAUUACAUUCUGCGAAACAUGGUAAUUAACAAAUUUGUUGAUUCCGAAGCUUUCAAGAGCCUUGAGUGUGAAAUUUCGGACAAAAUCAUUCUCUCGCAACUUCAAAGCUGCAAAGAAUUUACCAUCAGCCCCCAGAAUAGUAAUGUAUCAUUUGAAGCUGAAGUUAACUCUGCCCUUUUCCCUCUGGAAAUGGCAUCCUCUACACCUAGAGCGGUUCAAAAUAACAUCAGGAAGGCACGUCUUCUACUGGCUAAUUUAAUGCGACAAUACGAGAAUUCGAAUGUGAGUGAUCGUCUUCAAAACGAUUUUAUAAUUGAAAAUAACAAAGUAGAAGUCAAGCGGCGCAGGGCACUGAUUUUGAUGGAGCAAGAAGGUUUGAGUGACGUUGAGGACCUAGGUCCGAAAGAGAGAAAGACUCUUAAUAUGGUACUUUAG